AAACCAUACUCAAACUCUCAUACACACAUGCACAGUGAUACGCGUGGUGUUACAAGGGCGGAAAACAACGUGCCUACUAAUGAUGGCGUAGCCAGAAGAAACAACAUGUCCUUCCAGCACAGAUGGCAAGUUUCAUUGGGGAUCUUGCUUGUGAUGGCAGGCCUGGUGCUCUUUAUGACUAUGGAUAUGUACAUUGUUCUCAUUGGCAUGGCUAUAGUGUGUCUGGGUCUGUUUAUUCUCAUCCGUGCCUUCUGCACGGUGAUUAAAUCCAGUCAUGUAGCUGUGACGGGACACUUUCUUCUACACCCGCGAACAGGCACCCAAUAUACCCACCAUCAAGCCAUUGCGGUGCAAAGGAGGCUGGAUCGGAUCCGGAGGGCUACGGCAGAGCAGCACAGUUCAGUCCAAGUGCCUCCCACCUCAGACACCAGUCCACAGAGCCAACCUGCAACCCCUCCCCCCUGGCAAAUGGAGCCGCCACCAUCCUAUGAGACUGUUAUGAAGACCACUACAGCUGUAAACCAAGCAUAACCACUUAUUUGUCUGUAGACACCGACAAAUUAUGAUGUGAUUAUGAAAAGUUGGUCUAAUUGGGGGUGCACAGAUAUCAAAAAUCUGUCAUUCACAGUUAAGCCAGUAAUUAUUUUAAAGGAUUAGUUCACCCCAAAAUGAAAACUCACCCUCAUGUCAUUCCAAACCCGUAAAACAUUUGUUCAUGUUCGGAGCACGAAUUCAUUUAUUUUUGAUGAAAUCUGAGAGCUCCAUAGACAGCAUCGCAACUGAAAUGUUCCCAGGUCCAGAAACGUAGUAAACACAUCG